GGCGAGUGGGUGAGGAGCGUACGGAGGGGACGGCCGGCGACGAGCCGUAUGAACUAUGAAGUCAGUAAACGACGUCGUCGUUUUGGGAUGAAACUGAGAAAUGUGCACGUGUCUCCGAGCCGCUGCCCAGUGACAAAAUUGUAUAACCUCGCCUCGCCACAAGCUUCCACAGUUUCCAGAGCUCUCGGCGGCGGUGAUGGGCCACCGGCGGCGACUGCUCUGAUACCGGCGACUGCGAAACGCUGAGCCACCUUAUCACUCGGAUCGACCGACUUCCCUCUCUCUCUCUCUCUCUCUCUCUCUCUGCGUACUUCUCUGAUCAGUUCGAAGUCAUCGUCUCCUUAAAUAGGACAAAUUUCGGAAGAACAAAAAAUGUCUAGGUUUCGAGCGUUAUGGCAGGCCUCUCUAAAUGCUACGAAGAAAGCUCUCACAUGGAAUGUGGAAGACUUGAUACCUCCAAGCGAGAAAAGUAUAUUUAAUUUCAACUCAAAGGAAGAGUUGAAAAGGUGGCAUCUCUACUCAGAUUCUGAAUUUGGGGGGUUAUCGUCUGCCUCUUUGGAGAUUAAUGAUGCUGGGAAUGGACGAAAGGGAAUUUUUUCUGGACGCCUCUCACUGGAUGUUGCGGAGGAUUCAAAGUGGAAUAUCAAAAGGAGUGGCUUUUGUGGAAUGCGGUCCAAGAAGUUUGAUGGCUUCAUUGAUUUGGAUGCAUAUGAUACCAUAGCUCUAAAGCUUAAAGGAGAUGGUAGAUGCUACAUAUCCACUAUCUACACGGAGAAUUGGGUGAACUCACCUGGACAGCAGGAAGAUAAUUCAUGGCAGGCUUUUGUCAUUGUGCCUAAAGACAAUUGGUAUAUUGCAAAGAUUCCUCUUGCCCGAUAUUUGCCAACAUGGAGAGGGAAUGUCAUAGACGUAGAUUUGGAAAUGAAUCCAUCUCGAAUCCUUGGCAUGUCACUGUCUGUUAAUGCAGAAGGUGGAGUCCCCGGCGCAAAAUCUGGGCCCGGUGAUUUCAGAGUCGAACUUGAAUGGAUCAAGGCACUGAGGACAGAGUGAGCAUCUGUACAUUAAGUUGGCGGGAAGUAAGUCCAUUGUCCCAAAGCUUUGAUAGAGCUUGAUGGUGUAGUUUUUAUAAUCUUUGUUAAAAUAUAUGUACUAUGUAGCGAUUCAAAAUUUUGUUCCUUUUCAAUGGUGCGUUCUUGAGAAGCUUUGGAUAUUGCGAAAAGCCUCGGGUCUUUCUUUCUGCGCCAGCACCCCAUGUUUUCACGUACGUUGAGUUAGUCGGAGGUGCCAAAGAACGUCUUCCAAGUCCCAACUGGUGCAUAACACAGAUAUUUCCUUGA